AUGACCACACAAAGUCCACCAGAGAAUGACCAGUUCGUUCUAGAGACCGUCGCGCAGCAUUCCAUGCUUCAGCAAGCACACGCUGCCGCCGCCGCUGCAAGCCAGACUGAAACUGCAGGACCAACGAGACAAGGGGUCCUUUUACAGCAGGCCGACCUUCUCACUGCCGAUGUGAGCGAUGAUGAAAUUCCACCCCCUCCGUACGGCGACAUCUAUGGCGAAAUCCGAAACGAAAAAGACGGUUUAGGCACUAGCGCAUCUGUGACUGACGACGGUCGUGUCAAUAUCCGCAUCAAUCAGCUCAACCGUCGUUUAUCCCAGGUCUUUACUCCUGCUUUACGUGACCAUCUCAAAAGUGUCCAAGACAGCAGUCCGCCUCCUCCCACAUACAUACCGCCCUCAUUAGGAGGCGAGGAAGGGGCUCCUCCACCCCCGCCCCUGAACGUUGUUAUUCAGGUCGUCGGCUCGCGCGGAGACGUGCAACCCUUCGUUGCGCUGGGAAAGGUCUUGAAAGAGAUCUACGGCCAUCGUGUACGUUUAGCGACUCACCCAAAUUUCAAGGAGUUUGUCGAAGAGAAUGGCCUGGAGUUCUUCAGCAUUGGCGGAGAUCCUUCCCAGCUAAUGGCAUUUAUGGUCAAAAAUCCCGGAUUGAUGCCGGGCUUCCGUAGUCUAGCAAGCGGAGAUGUUGGUCGGCGAAGAAGAGAUGUUGCCGAAUACAUUCAAGGCUGCUGGCGAUCGUGUUACGAAACAGGUGACGGCAUCACCAACGACAACGCUUCAGAUCAAUCUGUGAACGACCCUGGUCCCGAAGCCACAGCAAGGUCUUUCCCCUUUGUUGCAGAUUGUAUCAUCGCGAAUCCGCCGAGCUUUGCACAUGUUCAUUGCGCAGAGAAAUUGGGGAUACCGCUUCACAUUAUGUUCACUAUGCCAUACUCUCCCACCCAGGCGUUCCCUCAUCCUUUGGCCAACAUCCAGUCUUCCAAUGCCGAUACUCAGCUUACGAAUUACAUAAGUUAUGUCAUGAUUGAAGCCCUCACAUGGCAGGGCUUGGGCGACAUCAUUAACCGAUUCCGAGCCAAAUGUCUCGGUCUAGAUCCCAUAAGUAUGAUCUGGGCUCCUGGAAUGCUCCAACGUCUCAAAAUCCCUCACACGUACUGCUGGUCUCCAGCACUGAUUUCGAAACCAAAAGAUUGGGGUCCGCACAUUUCCAUCUCGGGAUUCUAUUUCCUCAAUCUAGCCUCCGGCUACACCCCUGCUUCUGACUUCCAGGCGUUUCUUGACGCUGGACCACCUCCUGUCUACAUAGGAUUUGGAAGCAUCGUUCUGGAUGAUCCAAACGCCAUGACAGAACUCAUUUUUGAAGCUGCGAAGAAGAUUGCAGGUGGUCAGCGCGUCCUACUUUCCAAAGGGUGGGGAGGUAUGGGUGCAGACGAGCUUCAUGUACCUGAAAAUGUCUUCAUGUUAGGUAAUGUGCCGCAUGAUUGGCUUUUCAAACGAGUGUCUUGUGUAGUUCACCAUGGUGGCGCAGGGACCACAGCGGCAGGUCGGCCAACACUGGUCAUUCCUUUCUUUGGCGACCAACCUUUCUGGGGCGCUAUGAUUGCACGAGCUGGUGCUGGCCCUGAUCCGAUCCCAUACAAGCAACUCACGUCAGACAACCUAGCAGACGCUAUCAAUUUCUGCUUGAAGGCCGAAAGCCUAAGCCGCGCUGAAGAGCUGGCAAGCAAGAUUGCAGCGGAGCGAGGGAGCGAUAUGGGUGCUCAAUCAUUCCAUCAGUAUCUCGAAGCUGACCGACUGCGCUGCACUCUUGAACCAUCCCGGGUAGCUUCGUGGCGCCUGAAACGCACGCAGAUCAAGCUGAGCGCUUUUGCUGCCUGCACUUUAGCAAACGCAAAUCUCUUGGACUUUCACGACUUGAAACUCUUUAGACCACAGGAGUACUGCACAGAUGAAGGGCCCUGGGAUCCCGUAUCUGGGUUCUUCACAGCGACUUGUAGGGCGUUUGGCAGCAUGUCUAUGGGAGUAGCUGAUCUCCCUUCGGAGACGUUUAAAGCUGUACAAGCUCCUUUCAAGUAUAAUAGAUCACAAUCUCAGGUAUCAGUACAGAUUGUCGCAAAGAGAAGUGAGACAUCGCUUUUAGGGGAGAGUUCGGCUGCUCCAGCUAUGCAGCAACCUCUUACUCGCGCUCAGACUGUUCCCAACCUCCCUAGUACAGCACCUCGUACUCCAAGUAUAGGAUCAAGCUCCAUGUCGGUUCGCAAAGAUCGCGAUAUGAUGCGCUCUACUGGUCUGCGUACAAGUAGAGGUUUUGGGCGCAUUGUCAAGGAGGGCAUACAAUCGCCUAUGAAUAUGUCGGUGGGUAUCACUAGGGGCUUUCACAAUGCUCCCAAGCUCUGGGGCGACGACACUGUACGCCCUCAAGAAAAGGUCAGCGAUCUCAAGUCAGGCAUGAAAGCGGUAGGAAGAGAGUUUGGGUUUGGCUGGUAUGACGGCGUUACUGGUCUAGUUACCCAACCCUGGAAAGGUGCUCAAAAGGAAGGUACCAGCGGCUUUUUCAAGGGAAUCGGCAAAGGCAUUGGAGGGUUCAUUACCAAACCAGGUGCUGCCCUCUUUGGCAUCCCUAGUCAUAUGAUGAAGGGAGUGCAUAAGGAAGUACAAAAGCUAUUUGGUAACAACGUGCAAACCCACAUUGUCACAUCUAGGACAGCUCAAGGAUAUCAAGAAUGGUUACAGAGCUCCGAUGCAGAAAAAGAAGACGUUAUCAACCGCUGGAAGAUGAUCCAGACAUACUUGAAGAAAAAGCAUAGCGCGGACGAGAUGGUACAAGACAUAUUGGAUGCACAGCGGAAAGGAAAGACGGAUGAUGGUGAGACCUACCGGGAUCUUGUAGCUGCUACAAGUUCAGCUCAAUCCACAGAUAGUCUUGUCCAAACUGCCGAAAACGAUACGCUUACCACAAGAAACUUGCAGUACCCGUUACAUACCACUGCUAGCAACGAAUCGCUAGGAGCGGUUGAUAUCAGUGGCACUGUCCGCCGAUCCUUCCAAGAAACGUCACGUGGAAAUCCGGAAGAUCGUUUCAGUAUGAAUGCGACGCAAGACAACAUAUCUCCACUUGAAUCCCAACCACAAGGAGAUUUGGAUCAUGAAGCAGAUCAGGAUUUACUCAAGGCAAUGGCGUCUAGCGAAGCUGAAGCCCAACGACACGCAAGAGAAGCUUGGGAAUAUGAGGAACAGCUGAAGCAGAUUAUGGCCCAGAGUUUGAAAGAGUAUGGACGGAUUGGUAGCGAAAGUAAUCAGGAGGAACUCAACAAUGAGCAGACAAGAGGGAUGACACAACAAACAGCAAGGAAGGCGGUACCUAUAACUAAUGGAUCAUCGAGUGCCCAACCACCUUCAUAUGACCACGGCCACCUUGCGGGUACUACGCAGGACGAGUUUCAGGCACAACACCUGGGGGAGAAAACAGCGCAAGAGAAAACGGAAGAAGAGAUUGUAAUGGAGUACGUUAAGAAGCAGAGUCUUUUGGAAGCUCAUCAUCAAAACAAAGGCAAGAGCCGGGCUACAGCAACAGAGGACGAUGAGGAAGAGUUGCAAAAAGCUUUGAGCUUGAGCAUUCAAGAACGUUAA